GUCACAUUGUAACAAUUAUUUAUUUUUAUACGUGGUUCGUGGCCCGUUUAGCCAAUAUUUUAAAUGUUGUUUUAGCUAUUGCUGCACCAAAAUGCAUGCAAAGCUUAGCGAAAUGGAGCUGCGCAUCGUAGCCCGACUCAACGAAGAGAUUGGAAAGGAUGCCAGCCGGCUUCACCGGGCCAAUCACCUAGUUAGUCACUACAAGGAGCGCCUUGAAGUCCUAUCCCAAACACUGGACUAUGAGGAUCCCCAGAAUGUGUCCUGCUAUAAAUCCGCCUUCCAGUGCCAGCAACAAGUUUGCGAAAGCAUCGACUUCGAGCUGGAAAAGUUGGCCCAGUUUGCAGCCAAGCUUAAAAAGAAACUCAAGGAGUGUCAGCCAGCCCUGGAAGGCGUAGCCGAGGACUUGGACAAAGUUCGGCAGCUGCAGCGUUUGACGCAGUACCUCCGACUCGUUCAGGACAUCCAGGAGAUCAGCGCCGCCUUGGAAAAUGCGAUUAAUGGCAAGGACGAGGCCAAGUUGGUCAAUAUCUACCUUACCCUCUACGAGGGCAACGACUGCGAGCACAGCGUGGUGGGUCGUCUGCAGGCCGUAAAGGCCCAGUCCUUGAAGUCCUUUGCCGAACGCACUGCCAUCUACUGGCACAAGCAGCUCCUUAAGCGACUUUCCAGCGAAUUCGAGGCUGUGCUGAAGAGUAUGCGCUGGGCGCAUCUGGAACAGCAGGCCCUAAACUAUUCACCAUCCAGAGAUACUGCCAAGGCCCAGCUGCUGGCCGAAUACAUGUUUUUAAUCAAAUCUCCAGCCGAAGAGCAUGCGCCGCUGCUCAGCAUCACGCCCAGCAUCGUGUGUCAGCCCAUCAACCAGGUGGUGCAACUCCUUUUGGCGCCCUAUCGCCAACGAUUCACAUUUCACUUCACAGGCACCAGACAGACAAACCGAUUGGACAAGCCCGAGUGGUUCUACACACAGAUUCUCAACUGGGGCAAGGAGACGCAUUUCUUUGUGGGCAAAACAUUCCAGCCAUCGGCCAUAAAAGCGGGAAAGCUGGACUAUAAUCUCAGGCUGGAGUUCAUGCGAGGUUUGGUGCAGUUAACCAUUGAGAAGUUGGCGGUGGACAUAGAGCAAAUUGCCCAGGACGAGAUCCUUUUUGCCCAUCUGCUCGAUGAGACGCUGGCCUUUGAAUCAGAACUACGAGAAACAUUUGGUUACCCAGCGAGUUUUCCCAGCGCCAUCUCCGUAAUCACGCAGCCCAUAUAUUUGCUUCGCUGGAUUUCACUGGAAGAACGAUUUUGUGCGGAAAAAAUGGAUGACAUACUGCAGGCAGAAGCCCCAUUUCAGUUAAUUGACCCCAACACAUUCGAGGACGAUCUGAAGAUCCCGAGGUGUGCAGAUCAGUUCAUGCGAUUGCUGGACGCCAUAAAGGAUCGCUACUAUGGUCUAGUUCAACCCGGCCACCAACUGCAGUUCCUGCAGCUUCAACUAGAAUUAAUCGAUAGCUUCCGUCGACGACUGGUGCAAUUACACAGCAGUGGAGCGGUGCCGAGCAUUCCCGUUCUAAACGCCAUCAACUAUUUGGUGAUGGUGCUGCGCGAGUGGGGCGAGAAUGUCCACUAUCUGCACCUACAUGCGGCACUUGCCGGUCCAAAUGCACCAGAGAUCAACUCAGUGUUCGAGCAUGCAGUUGCGGAAUUGGAGCAUUGGGCCAGGCAACUAAUGCGAAAUCUCGCCACGAAGGCUACCAACGAGAUGAAGGCGAAAUCUAUGAGCUAUCGCCACGACGCUUGGCCCACAAUGCCGGAGCAGAACAGCCGGGAGCCGUUUAUUCUUUCGCCGAGCGGCGGCGAAAUGUUCCAGGUGUUGGUUACCCUGCUCCACAAUCUGGAGCGUGAACUUUCCGCUAAUCUGUUUAACCAAACGCUACGCUUGAUAGCCCAUCAAAUCGAUGACUUCAUGCUCGAGAGCAUGGUAAUGAACACGAAGUUCGCACCUGCGGGGGCAGCGCAAUUCAAUUACGAUAUGACGCGCAAUUUAUUCGCACUCUUUGGACAGUAUACGCGACGCCCAGAGCUACUUUUCAAAAGAAUUCACGAUGCCAGCAAAUUGUUGACGGCGGCAAGGGGAACGGCUUUGUUACUGCUGGAAACGCUGCGCAGUAACCAAUCGGUGGAAGAGAAAACGAAACCUCUGAGGGAAUUGAAAGUGCUAAGUCUGGAUAGCAAGCAGUGCAUUGAGGUUUUGGAGCGGAGGACGGACAUAAAAAUGUUUUAAACCAAUGGAAAGUUGCAACGUAGAUAAUAAUUUUGUUUUACCUAAUAAUUCUUGUUUCAAACGGGUCUUAAGAGUUUUUGCAAAUAUAUGAUUUGUUUACCUA